AUGGCAUUCAGAAACAUUGCAACUCGCCUCGUGGCCCCUUCAUCAAGCUCAUUGCAACAGGGUGUCCGUCACUACACUGUCGGCACCAACGUCUUUAAGACAUGUCCAGAGGGUCUGACCUUCAUCGAUCAGGCCAACCGCAAGCACCCAAUCAAGGAUAUCUUUAGCAACAAGAAUGUUGUCGUUGUUGGAUGCACUGGAUUGCACCCAGUCGAUCAAUUCCAACUUAUACCAUCAUAUGUUAAGAAUGCCGAUAAGAUAUACAGCAAGGGAGUCGACUACAUUGUAUCAUUGUCAACACUGGACGCACCAAUGUUGAAGGCCAACCGCAUCAGUUUAGAUCCAAAGAUUAGACUCACUCAUUUGUGCGAUGAGAAUGCAGAGUUUGCUGAGGCCAACAAGCUUUGUGAAGACAUCAACAUGGAGUCACUUGGUGUCAUGGAUGCUUCAGUCAGGAGAUACAAGAGAUUCGUUCUGAUCGUCAACAAUGGAAACAUCGUUUAUGAGAGUGCCGAGUCAAACCCAGAUGAUUGUUCCCAUACCGAUGCUACUGCAGUCCUUGCUCACCUUUAA